AUGGAUGGCAUGCAGGGAUGCAAUGGUGGCAUUAAGGCCCAGGUCACCAUGUACAACGUGUCGUCGGCCCUGAGCAGUCAACAACUCACAAAACGGUUUGCGGAGUUCGUUCGACACCUUAGUUGCUAUCCCACAAGCUGUGAGUCCCUGGCCCAUGCACCCAAUCCCACUGCAAACUUCGAUUGCUUCCUGAAACAUGUACGGCCUAGCGAUCCCAUGGGCAAGGCAACUGCUGGGGCAUCUGGAAUGACACCUCUGAGAACCAACAGUUUCUGCCCCAAAGACGAUCUGACCAAGCUCUUUGAUCCGGUGGGGUCAAUGACAAUGGUGGCAGCCAUGACAUCCACCUUGUCACCCACCUUUACCUCUUCCCAAAGAGGUUCCAACCUGAAGUCAGCGAAUCCCAUGGCGGUCAUCCCUCAAGGCGUUCGGCGGGCCCAGUCUGACCACUGGGAGGACUUCGCGGGCGAAAGUUUGGAAAAGGUGCUGGGUUCUGAUCUGCGGCGUGCGCCCUUGCACUGGGUGCUGCCUAUGGAGACAAACAAGUGGUUGAACUUGGAGGCUUGGGUGCCUUUAGAGAAACUGCACAAGAGUGCCUUUGCAGGAUCGAGUCGUUUGAGACAGCAGAAUCGCGUUCAAGCCAACGAGGAGGAAGAGGAGGCCACGACCAGCAUCACCACCAGCGUGAGCAGCAGCCAGAGUAUGUUCCUGGAGGAGCGAACACCGGUGACGGUCUCCUUGUUGUUGAGUCCUGGAAGAGAAGGCAAAGUCUUUUGGAAUUUGGUCCACGGCUUUCGGACAGAGAUCAAAAAGGAGCUGCUGGUGAUUCACGUUUUGAUGCCCAUUGCGGUGGACGUCCCAAGCAGCUUCUGGACGUCCCAAACGGGCGCAACGACACCCACGAACGGUCCCAUUCCAGAGCUGACGCCCUAUGUGGAUGGGAUCUUACAACGCCUGAGGAGCAAGUUGGGGAAGAUGCAAGCGCAAGAAGCGAAGCAGGUGAAGGGAGUAGAGGACCACUUCCACACCGAGGAGGUUCCAUUACCUCCAUCUCCAGCCCGCAGGAGAGCCUCGGACCUGGGCCCCAUGGGUCAGACUCAACCGAACCUUCCGACCGAGCUAUUGCGAGUGGCGAUGACCCGGCGCAUUUCUGAAGUGUCCUUAUGCAGCUCACUGCCGGAGCUCUUUGAGCUUUGGGACGCUGGCGCCGCUUCAGCAAUGCGCUGCCGGGCCUUGGAAGCCACCGAGCUCAGGUGUAGGGAAUUGGCGCGAGCCCUGAGCGAUGUUUGGUCAGGAAUUCACUUUGUCCCGCGCUUUGGAUCAGCCAUGGCGCUGCCUUACGAGCUGUACUAUUUCUGGGAGGAGGUUCUGGCCAACGAGAGUCAAGUGCUCAUGAGUCACUGGAAGUAUGGCAAGAAAGGUGAUCGGAGUCACCGACGAGAGCUGUUCAACAUCGAGCCCUACAUGAUCCUUGGAAGCAGCUGGUGGCUGCUGUUGGUCAUGAUCCUGGACCCCGAUGAGACCGACUGCCCCAUCGCUUACAUGUCUCAAGGUCUGGAAGAUCUCUUUGGCUAUUGGCGCGCUUGGGCCCUCGGACGGAACUUCCGCUUCUUGCUGGGGCCUAAGAAGGGGAUUCAGAUGUUGCCGGAUGCCUUGCCGAACCGCGUCUUCAAUGGGCAGGAGUUCUCGCGCAUCGAAGACUUCUGCUGCAACCAGGGGCAAAAAGAACAGGGCUCCGCGGACGCAGCCAGCCAUAUGAUGAGCCUGCUGCGGUUGUACAGCGUGAAGAGCAAACAGCCCAUCUGGUGCUGUCUCUAUCUACGGCAUGUUUGGCUACAGGACCUGCACUCGAAAAGGAUGGCGAGAUGGCGAAGUCCCCAGAUAUAUGGGCAUUGA